GCUUAUUCCUCUCUAAUUUGAUUAAAGCUUCUGUACAGAUGUCAUUCCUGUCAGUUUGAUUGUUCUUUGCUAACAAGGAUGGUAAGCCUGAACUUUAUCUCAAGUCUCUCAAAAAACUUCUUCACAUAUGGGCUUAAAGGCCUCACCAUAUCUGAUCGUUAUAUCAGUGUUGUUCCCGUUCGAGGCUGUUCUAUGUCUCCAACCUUCAAUCCCCAUUGCAGUACUUCUUUGGAAGGAUCUACAGAUGACAGUGUUUUGGUAGAAAAAUUUUGCUUGCAGAAGUACGAGUUCUCACUUGGUGAUGUCAUAGUUUUCUGCUCCCCCAAUGAUAACAAGGAAAAAUGUGUGAAGAGAAUCACUGCAUUGCCAGGUUACUGGGUCAGUUCUCCUUUCUCCAAUGAUGUUGUGAAGAUUCCAGAUGGGCAUUGUUGGGUUGAAGGAGAUAAUUCAGCUUCUAGCCUGGAUUCAAGAUCCAUUGGCCCGGUAUGCUCAAAUCCAUACCUUCUAUUUUCUCUCAAUUGGGGUGUAAGUGUUUACUUUGAGUAUACCAUUUAAUCUUUAAAAGGCAAGCAAAUUAACUGUUCAAUGUAGUUCCAUUCAGUAAAAUUUCGAGAAGGCAAAAGCGUAGCUUGUCAGCUCAUCUUCACUGUUCUAAAGAUCAUGUGACUUUGCUAAACAUUUGGAUUUGGUUAUUUAGAAGGAUGCGGUCUGCUUUUUCUUAUAUACUUUCUUGCCUUAGCUCCACCACUGGCUAUAAUCCUAUGUGCAUCGCAGGUUCCUUUCCACAUUAUCUGGCCACUGAAAAGAGUCGGUAAACUUGAGCAGAGAAUCCCUAGUGGUAGAUUUGUCUUCUAGGCUCUAUCUGAUGUCAUUUGGUUCUGUAUUGGCUGAUGUCAUUUGGUUUUCCACUGUAUGGGAGUGAGUGUUUUUAUGGUAAAUUAUGAAAGAUACAGGUUGGUUCCUAAUCUUUUCC